AAGGAAAUAGUAUAGUUUGAUAAUGUGUUUAACAGAACUGUUUCGAAAUACUAUUUUCGUGGAAAUUUGUCCAUUCAUGAGAGUUUCACGUCGAAACAAAAGUUGCAAUGUAAUACGUAUUUUGGACAAAGAUCAGUUAGUAAUACCAUGCGAUUUGCAGGAAUAUAUCACAGUGAAAAAGGCCAGACUGAUAGGACCAUCAGAGCGUUUCAACACAUAUGUAACCUUAAAAUUACAAAAUGUCAAGUCAACCACAAUUCAAGUAAAGGGAAACAACCCAUGCUGGGAGCAGGAUUUCAUGUUUGAAACCAUGAGGCUGGACUCUGGGUUGGUGAUAGAAGUUUGGAACAAAGGGAUGCUAUGGGAUAAACUGUUAGGGUUACACUGGCUACCACUUGGUAAAGUCAGACACUCAAAUACGGAAGGUGAUGGGCAGUGGUUGUCUUUAGACAGUGAAAUUAUUAUGCACAAUGGUGAGGUCCGUGGAACAAGAUACCCAACAGGCCACAGUGUACUUAUAGAUGCAAGAUUUGAAUUACCUAAUGAUUUUGUUGCAGAUCUACCAGAAUCAGAGGCAGCAGAAUUACAAAAUAAACUGGAAUAUUUCAACUCUAUUUUAGCUCAAGAGAUGAUUGAAUUACAACGACAAAGACAUCAACAUUCAUCCUCCAUACAAUCUGGCCAAUCAGAAGAUAGUGAUUAUACAAGUGAAAUGAGUUACCCCCAACAGCUCAAUGCACACAACAUACCCGCACGACAGAUCAGGAAUGCUCCGAUGCCAUCUGAUAUGUCUCACCUUCAUGGACAAGAUUAUUAUACUGAGUAUGAUCCGUAUCAACACUCAUUUGAAAGGGGUGAAUCGUUCGAUCGUGUAGAAUCGUUUGAUCAUAACGGAUCAUUUGAACGGGGUGAAUCAUUUGACAGGUAUGGAUCUCCAGAUAGGGACGAAUACGAACGAGAAAAUACAUUUGAACAAGACUCCUUUGAUCAGGAAUUAUCUGUGGAGCAGGAAGAGUCAGAUUCUGUACGGAAUUAUCGCCAGGACAGUCAGGACUAUGAACAUUAUAAGCAUGACGAAUAUAAACAUGAGGAUUAUAAACGUGAUGAUUAUAAAAAUGAAGAUUUUAAACAAAGAACUGACUACUACCAGGAAGGCUCUUUUCAACAUAUACGAAGUGAUACAGAUUCUGAACCUCUAUCAUACAACAGUCGUCCACCGGGAAGGAUGAAACAACAUCAUUCUUACAUCAGUGAAGGGAGCCCAAUGCACAGCCAUGAUUCAUUAACUAACACUACUAACAUCAGUCGUCAUAGUACACAGGACUAUAGUCCUGUUAACAGUACAAGAUCAUCAACCAACAUCAGCCGAGGGAGUACACAAGAAGUCAGUGAUGGACAGGACUUGUAUGAAACACAAAUGAAUCCUGAUUAUUCCUCACCAGCAAGGUCUAAAUGGAUAGAUGCAGUGAACCGUGUCCGAGAAAAACUUCAAGAGACGAGUUCCAUGGAGGGUGACAUUAACAGUGAUGAAGGGCAUCUAAGAGAGAGGCCUUGGCCACAUGUAAAUGGAGGACCGAAUAACAACGAAUUUUACAAGAACAUAGACAGUAUGCCUGAAAUCAAACCGAGAAGUAAGAAAUCUGGUGUCCUAGUUAGUGACCUUACAAUGGCAGCCUCCAAGAGAAAUGCUGGUGUUCCGUCUGCCAUGGUAGCUCGACAGUCACUCAAAGAUGAUGAGUUGAAAAUGCAUGUAUACAAGAAGACAUUACAAGCCUUAAUCUACCCAAUCUCUAGUACAACACCUCAUCACUUUGUAGUGUGGACAGCAACCUCUCCAACCUACUGUUUCGAAUGUGAGGGGUUACUGUGGGGAAUGGUACGACAGGGGGUCAGGUGUACAGAAUGUGGGGUCAAAUGUCAUGAGAAAUGUAAAGAUUUAUUAAAUGCUGACUGUUUACAGAAACCCAUAGACGAAAAUUUGGAAGUUAUAGGAGCUGCUGAGAAAAGUUCUAAACAUGGUGCUGAAGAUAAAACACAAAACAUAAUUAGUGCAAUGAAAGAUCGUAUGAAAAUACGGGAGAGAGUUAAACCGGAAAUAUUUGAAUUAAUUAGGCAAGUUUUUGGAGUUGACAAAAAAUCCCAUACAGGUCACAUGAAGGCAGUAAAACAAAGUGUACUUGAUGGAACUUCAAAAUGGUCUGCAAAAAUUGCCAUCACGGUAAAAUGUGCCCAAGGUCUGAUUGGUAAAGAUAAAACAGGUACAAGUGAUCCCUAUGUCACAGUUCAAGUUGGCAAAGUGAAGAAACGUACGAAAACAGUACCACAGGACCUGAACCCGAUCUGGAAUGAAAAAUUUUAUUUUGAGUGCCAUAAUUCCUCAGACAGAAUAAAAGUUAGAGUUUGGGAUGAAGAUAAUGAUUUGAAAUCCAAGUUACGUCAGAAAUUGACCAGAGAAUCAGAUGAUUUUCUUGGUCAAACAAUAAUAGAAGUUCGUACAUUGAGCGGUGAAAUGGAUGUUUGGUAUAAUUUGGAAAAAAGAACUGACAAAUCAGCUGUCUCUGGUGCUAUACGUUUACACAUUAGUGUAGAAAUUAAAGGAGAGGAGAAAGUUGCUCCCUACCAUGUACAGUAUACAUGUCUUCAUGAGAAUCUGUUCCAUUAUCUUUGUGAGCAGUCAGGAGGUGUGGUCAAACUUCCAGAUGCCAAGGGGGAUGAAGCUUGGAAGGUUUACUUUGAUGAACCAGCACAAGAAAUUGUAGAUGAAUUUGCAAUGAGAUAUGGAAUAGAAUCUAUAUACCAAGCAAUGACCCAUUUUUCCUGUCUUUCCACAAAGUACAUGUGUCCUGGCGUGCCUGCUGUUAUGAGUACAUUACUUGCCAAUAUCAACGCCUUCUAUGCACACACUACAGCCUCUACUGCUGUGUCAGCAAGUGACAGAUUUGCUGCUUCAAACUUUGGGAAAGAAAAGUUUGUGAAGUUGUUGGACCAGUUGCACAAUUCUCUCAGGAUAGAUUUAUCUAUGUACAGGAACAAUUUCCCAGCGUCAGAUCAGGCUAGACUACAAGAUUUAAAAUCUACUGUAGAUUUGCUCACUAGUAUAACCUUCUUUAGAAUGAAGGUUCAAGAAUUACCAAGUCCUCCACGGGCCAGUACUGUAGUUAAAGACUGUGUUAUAGCAUGUAUAAAGUCAACAUACCAGUUCUUAUUUGACAAUUGUUAUGAAUUGUAUCAGCGAGAAUUUCAAGAGGGGAAUCCCUCAGAAAGUGUAAAUAUAGACCAAGAAGGUCCCAGUGCUCAUAGUUUAGAAUUCUGGAGGAAAUUAAUUGCUUUAAUUGUGUCUGUGAUAGAGGAAGAUAGAAAAUGUUACACACCUGUCUUAAAUCAAUUUCCAUCAGAACUAAAUGUUGGACAAGUCAGUGCCUCUAACAUGUGGACUUUAUUUGCACAAGAUGCAUGCUAUGCAUUACAAGUUCAUGAAAAAGAAAGAACAUGUAAAAGUUCAGAAUACAUGAAUCUCCACUUCCAAGUUAAACAGUUGUAUAAUAAAUAUGUUAAUGAUGUGCCUCAGUUUAAAGGAGAUAUCCCUGAAUAUCCUAAGUGGUUUGUUCCAUUUGUGCUACAGUGGUUAAAUGAAAAUGACGAUGUCUCCAUGGAAUAUUUACAUGGUGCUUAUGAUAGAGACAAGAAAGAUGAUUUCCAGAAGAGUGCAGAGCAUGCAUUAUUUUCCUCGUCAGUUGUAGAUGUAUUCACACAGUUGAAUCAGUGUUCAGAUGUCAUCAAAAAAUUAGAAUGUCCUGAUCCAGAUAUUGUUAAAAUUUACAUGCAGAGAUUUGCCAAUACUGUAAAUAAAGUACUCCUAGCCUAUGCAGACAUCGUUAGUAGAGAUUUUGACAAGUAUACACACAGACAGAAAGAAGCUUGUACUUUAAUGAACAAUAUUCAACAGUUGAGGGUACAGUUAGAAAAAGUGUUUGAAUCUAUGGGAGGAGAAAAGUUAGAUGAAUCAGCAGCACAGAUUUUAAAUGAACUUCAGCAGAAACUUAAUACUGUGUUAGAUAAUUUAGCAACAACCUUCGCCAAAAGUUUGGAAUCACAAAUUCAACAGAGCAUGCAGGAACUUGGUGCUUUAUUGGCCAAAGUAAAGGGUGCUGGACAGGUCUCCCUUGCUCAACCCAGUCAGAGAAAUAACAUUCAACAAGAAAGUUACACGGUGCUACGACCCUUAAUGGAUGUUUUAGAUAGCAGCUUACAACUGUUUGCCAGAGUGUGUGAAAAGACUGUGCUGAAAAGAUUACUCAAGGAGCUAUGGAGAAUAGUAGUGUAUACAAUGGAGAAAAUAGUUGUGCUUCCUCCCCUCUCUGAUCCAAGACAGCUUAUACCCUUGCCUGGGACAGCACAGGCUAAGAUUGAAGAUGUCUCUCGCCUUUUCCUAAACCAUGUCAGCCAAAUGCCCAUGAAUGUGCCUAUGAUCCAGGAUAUGUCAAAAGAGGCAGAGAAGAAUUUAAGUCCUAAACAAUGUGCCGUGUUGGACAUGGCCUUGGAUACAAUCAAGCAAUUCUUCCAUGCUGGAGGACAGGGUCUAAAGAAGACGUUCCUGGACAAGUCACCUGAAUUACAGUCACUCAGAUAUGCUCUGUCAUUAUAUACUCAAACUACCGAUACUUUGAUAAAAACAUUUGUCAGUACACAAACAUCACAGGACGAACUCGGCAAUAGGGAUCCUGUUGGUGAAGUGUCAAUCCAAGUAGAUCUCAUUACUCACCCUGGAACUGGGGAACAUAAAGUUACAGUCAAAGUUGUGGCAGCCAAUGACCUUAAAUGGCAGACAUCAUCAAUGUUUCGACCUUUUGUUGAGGUCAUCAUUAUAGGUCCUCACUUGAGUGACAAACGUAGAAAACAUUCCACAAAAUCAAAAAGCAACAACUGGUCACCAAAGUUUAAUGAAACAUUUCAAUUCAUCCUUGGAAAUGAAGACGAACCAGAUGCAUAUGAACUCCAUAUUUGUGUUAAAGACUAUUGUUUUGCACGAGAAGAUCGACUCAUUGGUGUAGCAGUCAUGCAGUUAAAAAACAUUAUAGAACAAGGAAGCUGUGCUUGUUGGUGCUCCUUAUGUCCCAGAAUUCAUUUAGACGAGACAGGAUGGACUAUUUUGCGUAUUUUAUCUCAGAGAACGAAUGAUGAAGUUGCCAAAGAAUUUGUGAAAUUAAAAUCGGAAGUAAGGCAUGCAGAGGAGGUAUCUAAGUGAUGAUCCAAGUCAUACAUCAUGUCUAUAUAUAGAUCCUAUUCUGGUCCCAGACUGGUAAUAGUUUGAACACUACUUAGAAAGUAUACUGGUUCAGCUGAGGUUGUUUAUAAAAGUGCUUGCUGGAGGUUAAAAUAUCAGUACAGGAGUUAGUGAAGACAGGUGAUGUUGUGAGAGGGUACCAGAAAGUGGAUCCAGUUGUGUAAUUCUAGUUGUGUUAAGCAUUUGUGAAGAACAUGGUCCAUGUUAAAAUCUGCUUCCAGUUUUCAGAAAUCAUUAUUUACAAUCAAACUUUCAUUCAUUCUUAGAUAUAAUAAAGUUUAUACAUCAAACUAAAAAGAUAGAACUUAUAUAAUAUUACUUCUUGUUUUCAUUCAAGUUUAUUUUUAACAUGCGUCUUUGCAAAUGCUUUCACACAAUUUUGUAAAAUGCUCAAAACUUUCAAAGUUGUGUAAUAUAUAUAUAUGUAUAGAAUUUUUUAUACAUUUCUACUGUUAAGUUUCUAGGUUUUAAACAAGUUGUAGUGCAAUGUCAAAUGUGAUAUUGGUUCCUCAAGCUUUAAUUUUUGUUUGAUUUUUCAUCCUAUUAUUUUGUCAGCUAAAAUGUCCCUCAUUAGAUGAAGUAUCCCCUCAAAACUGUUUAGUUAAGUAAGUUUUCUUUGCUGUAACAAAUGAAAAGUGUUCAAUUUCUAUUUAUAAAGUUCAAAAGUAAGUAAUUUUAAGUUGCCAUUUACACUUCAAUUAUCAUUAUAGUUACGGGAAGAAUUAUGUAAAAUUGCUUUUUGUUGUCAGUAAGCACAGAAUUAACAAUUCAACUAUAUUUCUAAGGAAAGUCUUAUGUUUACAAGAAAAUGUAAAAUUGUUAUCUCUCUGUUUAUGAUUUAGUUUAUUCUAGUAAAUCAUUUAUAUAAGUUAUUUAAUCAUAGAAUUAACAAGAAAGUUUUGCGACUAGAUUAGUUUAUUAUUGCAUUUACAAGUAAAUUAAUUAUGUUAAUAUUUUGCAAAUUAUUUUGUAACCAAAUCAGUUAUUUAAAUAAAUUUACCUUAUCAAAGUGAAAUAUUUUGAUACACUAGUGGUUAUUUUUUUUUCCAUUCUGAUUUAGAAGAAAAAAUUACUUUUUUUUCCAAAUUUUUUUUCUAAAUUAAAUUUGAAAAAGAUAUGGAUUGCCAUUCUUAUUUUUAAAGUUAAAAAAAAGAAUUGUUAAGAAAUCCAACAAUGCUGUAUUUUGUUUGAAAAUAUGAUGAAACAUCUAUCUUUUAUUUUAAACAAAAAGAACCUUACAUAUACUUAGUUUUCAUGUGGUAUAUUUAUUUACAAAUCAUCAUUGAACUAAAUAUUGUCCAAGGCAACACUGCUACAAUGAGUUAAUUAUAUUUGUCUGUCAUGGACUAUGUAAAAGAAAAUUAAAAAAAUAAUAAUUUUGAACUAACUGGGGAUUUUUAAACUGUGAUAUGAAAAUGUUUCUAUAUAGUGAGAAAAAAAAAUGAUUAUAAAUCAAAAUUUUGUUGAUUUCUUAUUACAUUUAUUUGAAAACCAUAGGUUGAAAAAUAUCUUCAUUAAAGCAUUUAGUUGUACGAGCGGGUAUGUCUCUAAGUCUUUCUAUAAAAAGGUUGUUACUAUUAUUUAUUUGUAAAGUUAUGUUGUAUAUAUACUGAUGUUGAUUUCUGUAAUAUAGAUUCCAUAGAAAAUCAAAUUCCACUAUAGAUGUACAUUCCUAUUAAUUUAUUUCUGAGUUUACAGCUGUUUUUUACAUAUAAACUUACGGGGUUUCAAUUUACAGUACUUAGAAUGUGCAGAGAUUACAAUGAAAACAGUUCACAUGUAGAUGAAUCUGAUUUCCAAAUUAUCAUUAUUAUGCAAUUAACAUUCAACUAGAAAUUUUAAUUGGCUUAUUGCAAGCACACUAUUUAGAAAAGAACAUAUUUUUUAUUUUGUUUAUUUUUUGCUUGCUUAAAGAUGUAAAUUUGGGACUAAAAACUAGGUUGUCUUAGUACAUCAUUUACUCUGUACUGUUAUGAGGUCCAAAAAAGGUUAUUGACAAAUCAUUACAGAAUCACAAUUUAAAAGUAUUUUUAUGAAUAAUUGUCUAAUGAAAUAAGUUAUUAAUCUGUUUAAUGUAAUCAUAUUCUGUAAAAUUAAAGAAUCAUGUAUAUUGCGGCUUUAAUCAAUUUCUGAAAUCCAUAAAUAUACUUAUGUUGCUUUUUUUGUUAUAUUUUAUUCCCAUAGAUUAUGAAAUAUGAAUUCUUUGUUUAGUAUUCGGGAUAUAAUUGUAAUGUAAUGGAUGAUUUGUCAAACUUACAAAUAUUAUUCAAUUUUAUGAAGUUUGUAAGCACACAAAAGAUUGUAUAUUCAAGUUGUUCAGAUGUUUUACUGUAUUUGUUUUACAAGCUGAUCUCUGAACAGUUUUAGAGUAAUAUAGUUGAUAAUUUACCCGUAGUACAUCAAAUUUAUACUAAACAAAGGAUUACAUACAUUAUUUAUAUAGUGAAAGGGUAACCGUGUCAUAAACGUGCAAUAUAUAGUUGUUUUACAAUCAAAAUAUCUUAGUUUCUAUAGAUCUAUUGCUGGAUAAAUAUCAAUGCCUGAGGUAAUAACUAUACCAAUUUCUUUUAACUCUCCAUUAAAAGUACAAUGACAAACUUUUCAAAGCUAUAUAUUUUCGAAACCUAGAAUGCUUUGAAUUAAUUUGAAUUUGCUCCAAAAAACUGUAUGCAGUUUAUGUUUUUGUGAAGACUGCUUAUUUACAAAUAUUAAAACUGAUUAAAAUCAAACCUUUUGAAGUAAUUGGCAGAACAAUGUAAAAAUUACAUGGAAAUAGUUCAUAAUAAUAAUUGAUGUUUUAGAGGCAGAAAAAAUAGUCCAGUGUAGCACCAUUGAGGUUUUGAAACAUAUUUUGUGUCAAAAACAUAAGCUGCAUACUUUCCUAAAAUAUUAAUUAUUCAAAUGUUCCCCCCUUUUUUUCUUUAAAAUACAAUUCUGUAAAGGUUUAUAUUUAUUAGAAUAAAGAUAUACAUUUAUUUUGUUUAUUGAAUUAACUUAUUAUUAAACUGCAAUAUAAGUAUCAUCAGUGGCCAAAGUUAAUAAUGUAGAUUUAUAUAUUUAUUUAUAGAGUAUAAGUUAAUAUGCAUAAUUAAUACAUCAACAGGACUCCAUCUUGAUUACAGAUACACAUAUAGAUAAACCUUGGCUCAGACUGUCUGGCAUUUUAAUUUGUAUAGUUUAACCUAUUUUGUUAGUUGAACAGAGGUUUUUUCACCAUUUAAUUCAAAUAAAAGUAUUUGUAAAAAUUCUAUUAGAAUGCUUUUAGAGGGAAUAACUGCCUUAGUUAUAAAAUAUCCAUAAAAUAGAUUGUUUAUGUGUCCUGGUGAUGUAUAAUCACACUGUACAACAUAACUGAUUCAUUUUCAUUAGAAAACAUUGACAAAUAUGGUCAACAUGUCUUGUUAUAUAUAGAGAGGUAAGAAAUCAUAUUGACAUAAACAAUUGCUUAAUAAAUUUUACUUUUUAAUUGUAACCUGCUAUCCUACUAUUUUGAACUUUAAAUCGAUUUUUGGUACAUAUCUUAAAAUCAGUGCAAAUACAGUUUGAUAGUAUCAAAAACUAGUCAUGAUCAAAACAAUAUUUCAACAAUAGCUUUUUCCAUAGAUUCAAAUCUGACCUUUAUUAGGAAUAAGUUUGGUAAGGGACUGAAUAUUAAGUCCAUUGUAUUCAAAUAAAAAGUGUUUCAAGUCGAUAAAUAUACAUGAAAGAAAAUAAAAUAGAAAUAUUUUUUUUCAAACUUUUCUCAUAAAAGUUGACAAUGCAGUCUAAAUAUACUUGACUUUUGUGACAAUUGACAAAAUCAUCUGGAUAUCAACCACAUGUCGGUCUAGGAAACAGAGUGCAGGGUUGGGCAAAAGAAAUUCUCCAGUCAGAUAUGUAAUUAGUUAUAACAAGCAUAAUGUCUAAAGAUACUUUUUGUUGACAUUUGCUGUAUGUUUCUGAUCAUAAAAACCAAAGGAAAUUGACUUGAUUAGAUUGAACUUUGAGGAAAAUAAAAAUUUGUUUUGUUUGUGAUGUCAUGAAAAGAAUGCAGAUUUGUAAAUUUUCAUCAAAGGGAUCUGUAUCCUAUCUAGUCAUUGUUUUAGCUUCAUUACGAUAAUGGUCAUUAAAUCCUUAUUUGAAAUGUUUGUACUAGGAGCCAUAUUGGGGCCUUAUCAAACCUACUACUUUAAAACGGGUCACUUUUUGACAGUAAAAUUCAUUGAUGUAUUGUAAUAGACAUGAACUAUACAACCAGAUGAUCUGUUACAUUAGGGGUAAACAACAACUGUAAAAUCAUAUUGGUAAUCAUGUGAACAGUGAACAAACAAUGUCAGUUGAUCAUGUGAUGUUAGUUUUGACUUGAAAACUCAUGUUGGUUGGAUGGUGUGAUAUUGCAUAUUUAUUGAAGAUAAAUUUAUUUAGACACAAUAUUUUUAGUAUAACUUACUAACAGAGGUAGUGUAACAAGUCAAAAUUUAUGUUCAGUUGUGGAAAUAUUUUUUUUGUUUUAGUUAAUUAUAUACAUAUAUGUGUUUUUUUCUGUUAUACAUAGAUAUUUUUUUCUAUUUUGUCAGAUUUUGUUGACAAGAAAAUUCUGUAGAGAGAGAUUAAUCUCAUUGAGAAUUCCCGGAUUAAUGGUUGUGGUAGCAUGAAAUCCAAUUGUUAAAUUUUUUAUCUUCUUUUGUUAUGUAUAUUAUAAAACAAUAAAUAUUCAUAAUCUUUUA